AUGACCGAGGUCGACAUCCUCGUUGUCGGCAGCGGCAAUGCGGGCUUCGCCGCUGCAUUGUCAGCCAAGCAAUCUGGCGAUGAGAAUGUGCUCCUCAUCGGCAAAUGCCCCGAAGAUUGGACGGGAGGCAACACCUACUUCACAGCCGGCGCGUACCGAACAGCUCAUGGCGGCUUGGACGAUCUGCUCUACCUGGUCAACAACAUCUCCGCAGAACAAGCGAAAAGGAUCGACCUGGCUCCGUACACCGAGAAGGACUUCAAGGACGACCUGCAAAGGGUUUGCAUGGGCCGGACGGACGAGGCCUUGGGCCAUGCGCUCGUCGCGGACUCUAACUCGGCUAUUCGAUGGCUGAGUGAGAAUGGCAUCCGCUUCCAGCUCUCUUUCAACCGCCAGGCGUACGAAGUAGAUGGGCGGCUCAAGUUCUGGGUGGACUGA